UGCUUUCGUACAAGUCUGAGCGCCGAAACAGUGCAAGCCGGAUAUUCCGAACAGCCCUCUGCUGCUUUGGCGUGUUCGGGAUGUCUUCGCCUUCUUGCUCCGCCUGGCUGUGACGUCUUUUCGCUUUGGGACUGUCUCGGGUAAAUCCCGAGUGGUUUUCCUUGAGCUCGAGGACUCGAUUGAGACGGAGGUUGAUAUCGAGAUUGACAACUAUGGAGAUUGAGAUUGAGAUUGCGAUUGAGAUGGAUCUGCUUGUCCGUCCUCCGCCGACCGUUGAGUGGUAGGAGAUGCCUUUGUCUUGUUCUUUCUUUCGUUUUGGCCGGUCCUUUUCUUCUUCUUUUGGGUCCGUCUUUCUUCUUCUAGUCUUUAUUUCUCCCUGCAACCUAUUUUCUUGCGUGCUUCCGUCCGGCCUUUCCUUCUUUCUUUCUUUAUUCCCCCGUCGCUCUGUAUCCGGCAAAGGAAUACUCUUCGGCAGACACGCUCUUCCUUUCCGGAAGUACUCUACUUUUUGUGAGCGGGACGGCAGACGGACUCGCGACCGGAGCCGGGGAACGCACAGCAAUCAGAGUGAGGACCCAGGCAGGCAGGGCAAGGCAGCAGCAACGCUUGAAGAAGAAGAAGACGAAGACGACAACGAAGACGACAGGCCGGGGGCAGGCCAGGACAGGGAGUGUUGAAGG